AUGGAAGUCGGAUUCGAGCACGCCAAGGCCAAGGCUGCGUGGAUCAAGCAGUUCAAGUGCAAGGGCUGUCGAAACGAUUGGUGGGGAGUGUCCAACCAGUGUCGCAACUGCCACGGCACGGUGCCCCCUGUGGACUUUAACAACAUGCUUGGCGUUGGCUGGUUUGAGUGCGAACAAUGCAACCGCAAGUUUGCCGGGUUUUGCCGAGGCAACGUCCGGUCUGCGUGCCAUCGAUGCGGCACCAAGCUAUUGGCGAGCUUUAUCGUUCCUGGGGACAAAGCUUCUGCCGGUGGACGCGACCACCAUGACUGCGAAGCCUGCCACGGAGUCGGGGACUGCCCCAUUGCCGCGAAAGCCAGAGGACACGCUGCACGGACGAACGCGCCCUUCUGGCCAUGA